AUGACGAGCAAGUGUAUGCUGUCCAUCUUGUUGCUCGGCCUGUUUGGUGUUGUCAACGCCAUUCAUCAGGCGGAUAUAGACAAGCUUGUCAAGGACAUAGAUGAACUCGCCAGGCAUCUUAUGCUUCAACAGCUCGUCAUUGAGGAGAGGAUCCGGUCUGAUGGAAACUCUGGAGUGAAACAAAUCCGAGGCACCCACAAAGGAACCAGGGCUUAUUUUGGCGAUACAUUCAGCAUGGGCUCAAUGAUGUCCAUUCAUGAUCACACCAACUACGACAGGACCAUUGGUAUGGGCGAAUUCAGUGCCGUUAUGAACGGAGUAGAGUUCAGAACAAGACACAACGACUACAAAUUGCGCAUGCCAAGUGAAAACAGCACGAAGUUCCAUCUUCUCCAAAACGUGCCAUUUCCAGAUGUUCCACCAUCGGUGAAGGCAAAACAUAGCGUGGCCGACCAAAUCAAUGAGAUGCGAGAGUAUUUCAGGGCCUUCAAGGAACAAAACGCUUCCAUCCGUCACGACUAUCGCAACUACUUCAAACCAGUAUUGUGCUAUGUGGAAGGCGCCUGGACCACGGAUACAAAGACUAUCAGUGAACCUUUUCACAGUGACCGCCAUUUCUUAGAUGCAUCCAGUUGGUUCGAUCUCUUAGAAAAGGUUCGAUUCACAUCCUACACUGGAGGGAAAAGCAACAAUGAAAACUACAGCUUCCUUCCGACAACAAUCACCGAUGUUGUAGACGGAGCCCCGGUUUAUGCCCAAUGGAAUUACAGAAUUGUCUGCCACCCGAUCCGCUCAUCUCUAAUGACGCUCAGUAGUUUGGCUCUCAUCGACGAUCUGGGUGUUCGGAUGGCUCGUAGAUUUUCGUUUGAAAAAGCAUACAGUCAGAGAACUGCGCGAUUCCGAAUAAAUCCUCGCGGCUACAACCAGUACAACAGUACAAAACUGGCUUCAGAGAAACUUGACCUAGAAUAUACAGGGGUCGAAGUUCUUGAUUUCAUAAUGAACGAAAUACCGGGGAAGGACAACUAUCACCAUACCCUGACAGACAAUACUUUUGGUGAUGAGAAAACGAUGCUUAAUAACGGUAAGAGUCCACAGAAUGCUGCCUAUUACCAUCGGCUGACAGACUCAAAACUUGGUGAUUCACAGGGAGAUCACAUCUCUUACAAGGGGUUCUCCGACGAAAAUCUUUGGGUAGCUGAAACCACGCAGCCAAGAGUAGCUCCGAUGACUAUUUCAACCUGCAAGUACAACGCCAGUCUUCAAGACGUGUCGUGUAGUAAUUCCACCGUUCGUUAUUCCUACGCGUUUCCCUUGGAAAUUAUCUGGAUGACCCCACUUUACAUGUGGAAUCCGUACGAUUUGGAAUUCAACGCUGAUAAUAAAAUCCCACCACUUCAUGGAAGAAGUGGUGGCACUAAUGCCACAACGGCGUUCAACGGAACAAGCAUGUCUUACUACUACUUUACACCUACCGAUUUUUUCAAAAGUAACGAAGUUGGCCGUGAUCCUGCAGACACUGCAAAGGAUGUAGUUGGUGUACUUGACAAGCACGGGCACGUGCGACUCGUCAAACCGUCCGGCACGCGCAUCAUUCUUCCCGAAAUUGAAGGCGUUGGAAAGCUUCGAACCCGGUAUCCGGUAGCCCCAUCCUACCAUGAAGGCAAUCCAAUGUACAAAGAAUUGGAUGCUUUGAAAGAAAUGGUAUUGGACAUACCCAAAAAUUUGAAGUUCUUCGAAGCUCCUCCAUUCGGAACAAAAAACAUUCAGGCAUCGAACCCAGAUGACAAACUGCAACACUUCACUACAACAUUUACUCACAAGACUCCACCUGGUCUUCAUCAGCAUGAAGUUUUCGUAGACUCGCGUGACUGGUGGGCACUCACACAUAACCGUAAAGUCACCGUCAUUACCACCGACGACAACGAGCACAGUCACACAUUACAGCUACAGAGAGACGCACACAACCACGACCAGAUCAACAUUGUGUCAUGUGACAACGUUCCACACUGUUGGGAUGGGCACGCCAGCACCCUUCUCCGGGUGACGGAAUAA